AAUUUGAUAGUUACACCUGUCUUCAGGAGCUAAGUUUAGUUUUUCUCCUUAUAAUUUAUUACAGAUCCUUUUCGAGGACAUUUACAUUCAACUGGUUAUAAACAGUAGAUAUAUUGCGAAUUUGGCUAGUUGAAGUGAGGCUGUAUAUCAUAAAAGCGUAUCUUCUUACGCUUUUCAAUCUGGAGAAAAGCUGUUAUUCUGCCGGAUUUUCGUCUCAGAAAAUGGCAAUGAUUUUCGUACUACUAUCAUUGCUUCUUGUAAACCUGGAUCUGCUUUCGAAAUGCGAGGCUAAGCCAGAUGGAAGUGAAAUGGGUCUGCUUCCUUAUUUGGAUGAAGAUAUUCUUGGUAUCAACAGAAAUGACCUGGACGAAGAUGAUGAUGACUUGUUGCCUACCUGCGAUUUGACGUCUUAUGAUCCGAAAAUGAUGAAAUGGAGGCUUCAAACUGACAGUCAAACAGUGUUCUUGGACUUCGAUAAGGUAGUGUGUUUCUACACAAGGAAAUGCUAUGAAAAAAAUUCUACUGAAGAUGAUGUCAUAAUCCAGGCUAAUCAUGUUAUUCAGCUUGAACUUCAAGAGGGAGACUGGCUUGUCCUUCAGAUGAACCUCUCAAGCAAUGCCACGUAUGAAGAAACAGAGGACAUUGAUGUGAUUCUUGAUCCUGUACCAGAGCGAGAGGCAGUGUCCUGCAAUUUGGCAGUUCUACCAAUUGAGGCAAUGGCUCGUUGGAAAGUAAGAUCUGGAGAAAACAUUACUCUCAAAGACGAACUUCUUUUGGCUGGAGUCCAUGUAUUUAACGUGAGAUCCCGAUUGCCUGCGACUGGUUGCGAAGUUUCAUGGACUUUGAAUGUAACUGUUCGCACGCAGGAGUGCGCUCGACUUCCCGAAGAUGAUAUUUGCUCUGGUAAAGGAAGUUGUUUGACUGACCACACUUUGACAACUUUCACCUGUCAUUGCUGCCCUGGAUUUGUGGGACGUUUCUGUGAAGAGCGUGAUGGUUGCUAUGCCAACCCCUGCCAGCACGGAGGUUUUUGCGUUGACAUCACUGAAGGGCUUACUGGAUCAACAUACCAGUGUUUAUGCCCUCACGGUUUCCGAGGUCAAGCAUGCGAAGAAGAAGUCAAUCUUUGCGAUCGCAAACCCUGUCUGAAUAAUGGCACUUGCCGCGGCAAUCAAACUACUUACUGGUGCGAAUGUCCUCCAGGUUACAGUGGGCGUCAUUGUGAUGCCAAUGUUAAUGAAUGCCUCUCCAGUCCCUGUGUUCAUGGAGUAUGUGAAGAUGGCCUCAGCGGUUACAAAUGUUAUUGUCUACCAGGAUAUGGCGGAGACCACUGUGAGUUUGAAUAUGAUGAGUGUGAUUCCAGUCCCUGCAUUAAUGGUGGAGCAUGCGAAGAUUUAGUUGCUGGGUACCGAUGCCAUUGCGGACCAGGAUAUCAGGGCCGACGUUGUCAAGUCAAAGUUGAUCUUUGCCAACCUAAUCCGUGCCCUCCACCUGCUCAUUGCGUCGACAGAGGAAAUAAUUACAGCUGCAUUUGCCACCCGGGAUAUAAUGGUCCAGGAUGCACUCAACAAUACGAUCCUUGUUUCCCAAAUCCUUGUCAGAAUGGUGGAAGUUGCUGGCCAAGUCUGGAUUCUUUCUUUUGCUCAUGCCGACCUGGAUACACUGGAGAUACUUGUGAAGAUUUAACAUCUGUUUCAGAGCUUCGUUAUCCUGGCAUGCCAAUGGCUCACACUCUCGAAGACACUUCGGUGUAUCGUAGUGCUACUAUAGGCCCUGCCAGCGCUUCUCUGGAUCAUUUGCAUAAUCUCUACAUUGCCGCUGCUACUCUGGCCGGGGCUUGUCUCAUAGUGUUGGCUGUGGUCACUAUAUGUCAUUGCAGAGUUCACAAGACAUACCGCCGAUUCACCAGGAAACUGACCCGCAACUCCUCGACAGAUUUGAAGCAAAACCAGCUCGAAGACCCAGACAAGUAUUCACUGAGGUGGUGUGGGAGCGCUUCUGAAGUGUGCGGCACUGAAGGCAGAGGAGGGAAAUUGGAUGGACUAAAUAGAGACCUGCUGGAUACGGUCCGAACUCCUCUUAUUCACUAGCUUUCCUUUUUCUUGUACAUUCAUCUACACCUGGAUUGGAUCCAAAAUGGCCGUUCAACUAUCUACCCGCCCGUCAACCUCUCACAUUUCGCGAUUUAGAAAAUAUUACUGCAAUGCCACAUUAAAUGCUUUAAUUGGUAUACGAGACGCAAUUAUACGUGAAUGAUGAACAGUUUAAUGUAGUUGUCGUAGCUAUUUAUGUUUCCGGCAUAUUCACAUGCAAAUCUAACAUCUACAACAGUCAUUGUAUCGUAAGCAAAAACGUUAUUACGGUAUAAAAAUUCAAUAACCUUUUUUAUACUGCAGUUCUAUAACGAGCAGACAAAAUUAAUAAAGUGCUUCAAAUGAAGUUUUUAAUACGAUUCAAAAUCUUUUUACUGCAACGGUAAAUUUCAGUUCUAAACAUGAAAUACAUUUUUAUUCAGUAACUUAUAACAAUUAGACUUCGAGAAUUUUAACUGAUAUCUCCUACAUAUAUAAAAGGAAUUUAAUACGCUAUUCAAAAGCGAACUUUGACUGAGACUAAGUGUUAGAUUAGCAACUAUAAGUGAUUAGCAUGAUUUUUGCCGUUUUUAUUAAGCUCCUAGAAUAAUGUGAUUACAAUGUUCUUUGGUGUUUAUGCAAAAGCUUCAAGUUGUCCACAUCGAAACACGUCCAACACCGUGGGGUCAAAAUGCAAUGUUAAUUCGUCACAUUAGCUAUUACACAACCCCACCUAAUUUAGCACUUUUAAUUAGGAAGUUUUAGAAUUAGAAGCAAAAAUUUUUUUUGACCCAUCAUCUGUCUAGAAUUUUAAACAAUGCCAAAUAUUUCCUUCCAUAUAUUUAAAGAAAGUGUUUUUAAAGAUUUUUUUUAUGUUCUCGCAGUUUUUUGAUGAUAAACAAAUUGUUUCAAAAAAAAAUACCAUGUUUCAUGUUUACAAGGAAUAAAAAUACCAAAUACGAUUUGUUAGGAAAGCUGCAUCAUCGUUGUUGCUAAUUAGAUUUAUUAUUACCAGUCCAGUAUUAAUUUAAAUGAUUGAAAAGAGGUAUAUAAAUUUCUAAAUGGAUCAACUGAAAUCAUACGGAAACAUCACAUUGAGGAUAAAAAUAUAAAUCUUACAAAACAUUAAUUCUCAAAAAAUGCAAGCUUUGAUUUUAACCAGUAAAAAGCAUAACUAAACAUAGCGAACAUUAGAUAAACUCAAAAAUUGCAUGUGCCAUGUUGCGAAUCAAUUCCAUGAAGAAGGAAAAAAAAGUAACGUCAUAUUUCAGAACUACAUAAAAGUAGCAUUUGUUUGAAAAACAUGAAUUUUGUGCCAACAGUCAUUGAUGUUCUUUUUCCACAGACUCAAAAUACUUUUUUUUACAAAGCAUCAACCACAUUUUAAAUAAACAUUUCAAAGUAUUCUUACAAUAAAACGAGCUUUGUUUCAAAGCUCUGCAAACUUUCUUUAAAAGUCAUAACUAAAAUUUUGGAGUUUAGCUUUAAACAACACGAUUAACAUAUUUGUAACCGUCCGGUCGAUGAUACAGGAAAAAAAACAAAUAUGAAAAUAAAUUACUGCUAAUUAGACUGAAAAUUAGGCAUAAAAUGUGAAAAAAAAAAAAAACGCCGUCCGUUUCUUAUUGAAAAUUUUUAAACUCCCAAGCUCUUUUAUCCAUUUUAUAUUCCAAAAUAAAAGCUAUUCGUUUCUAAUCUUAAAACAUAAAUUUGCAACAAUCCUUCUUUAUUUUCAUAUAUUGGUUAUCAUUAAUUUGUAAUACAAUUCGAAGAGGCCGUAAUAAUUUUCUUCUCAAUUAUACAUAAAUAUUAAUUUGAAGUAUUUUUACAAACAAGCGUCAACCGUAUUGUUCUUAAAUUCACAGCAAGUUUCUUCUAUCUAUAAGCCAAUAAACAGAUGACAGCUUACAAGUAAGUUAAUCAUGUGGUUGUAAUUAUCACACAAAUGAAUUGUUUUGAAAAUUCAUAAAGCUUUGUCUUGCACCUAAGUUCAAAUCAGAAUUUCCUUUUCAAAUGAAUUCUAGUUGAGUAGGACGUAUUAGCCACAUACUGUCAUUAGAUGUUAGCUUUAUCUCUGCAUUAUUGUUGUGGAAGUUGAAUAAAUAUGAGCACUUUAUAAAUUGAGCUUAAUUCUAUUUUAUUAGAUUGCCAUUAGAAAUAGACCGUAUCAAGCUGCUACCAAAUUAAGCUCUAAUAAAUUAUAACUCUUUUUAUGUUUGAAAAAUUUAAUUUAAAACAUGUAAC